AUCGACCACCAACUUUUGCGCCUUUCCACUACGGCCAUCUACACCAAACUGAGGCUCACACUGAGAUUCCGCGCGCAUUGAUCUUUGGACUCCACCUGGACCGUCUUUGCGAUCCGCGAGCCGAGCCUGCGUUUGCGCUUCACUCGCCUGCAGGUAAGCUGUGAGUCCGUGAGAGCGGCAGCGGGCUGCGGCCUAGACGACAAACGCUGCAGCAGGGAAGGCAAGUGCAAAGAUGGAGUCCUUUGACAACAUCUAUCUCGACCUUUCUAAGCAGCCUGGCAAGUGCAGACUUGCUGAGUCCGGCCUGGGAUGGAAGCCACUCGGCGGAGGCAACACCUUCACCCUCGACAAAGGCGAAUACAUGAGCGCGCAAUGGAGCAGAGCAGCACGAGGCUAUGAGAUGAAGAUCUACGCACGCAAUGCGGGCGUCGUGCAGCUGGAUGGCUUCAAAGAGGAUGAUUUCGACACAAUCCAGAAGUGCUUCAAGGUCUGGUAUGGCGUGCCGUUCGAGCACAAGGAGCAUGCUCUUCGAGGCUGGAAUUGGGGCAAGAACGAGCUGAGCAGGCACGAGCUGAUUUUCAACGUGCGCAACCAGCCCGCCUUUGAGAUUCCAUACACCGAGAUCUCGAACACCAACUUGGCCGGAAAGAACGAGGUCGCAGUCGAGUUUUCUGUGCCAGCCGACAGCGAGGACACAGGCACAAACGGCGCACUAGGAGGCGCACGAGGAAAGGGCAAGAAGAUGGGAGGCGCAGUGGACCAGCUGACUGAGGUCCGAUUCUACAUUCCUGGUACAGAAAAGCGAGCGAAGGGCGAUGAGGAUGGAGAGGAUGCAGAAGAAGGCGAAGAUGAGGAACAGAAUGCGGCCAAUUACUUCUACGAGCAACUCAUGAACAAGGCCGAGAUUGGCGAGGUGGCUGGCGACACAUUCGCAACCUUCCAGGACAUCCUGCACCUUACCCCUCGUGGACGUUUCGACAUCGACCUUUACGAAUCCUCCUUCCGAUUACGCGGUAAGACAUACGACUACAAGAUCUCAUACGAAAGCGCGAAGCGAUUCUUUCUUCUGCCUAAGCCGGACGAUAUGCAUCAGCUACUCUGUGUUGGUCUCGAUCCACCCCUUCGUCAAGGUCAGACCCGAUACCCAUUUCUGGUCAUGCAAUUCAAGAAGGAUGAGGAAGUUCAGAUCGAGCUCAACAUGACCGACGAGCAGUUGGAGAAGUACUCUGGCAAGCUCCAGGCUAAGUACGAGGCUCCUAUCGGAAAUGUCAUCUCCAAGAUCUUCCACGGUCUUACUGGCAAACGCUUGAUUCAGCCUUCGGCAGAUUUCACCAGCCAUCACCAGAUGAGUGGCGUCAAGUGUUCCAUCAAAGCCAACGAAGGCCACCUCUUCUGCCUCGACAGGGCUUUCCUGUUCGUGCCGAAGCCAGCGACCUACAUCUCGUUCGAUCACAUCUCUUCCGUGACGAUGAGUCGCGUGGGCGGAGCUGUUAGUGCCAGCCGCACAUUCGACAUCACAGUUUCAUUGAAGCAGGGAGGUGACCACCAAUUCUCCAACAUCAAUCGGGAAGAGCAACAGCCAUUGGAAACCUUCCUUAAGAUCAAGAAUAUCAAGACCAAGAACGAGAUGGACGGCGACAGCGGUAUGCUCGCAGCAGCCCUUGCCAACGACCCCGAUCUCGUUAGCAGUGAUGAUGAGGAUGUCGUGCAAGCUCGCGGCUCCGCAGAUGAGGACGAUGAAAGUGUCGACGAGGACUUCCAGGCCGAUUCAGAAUCAGACGUUGCUGAAGAAUACGACAGCGACGCCAAGAGCUCAGGAGCUGGCAGUGACGAGGAGAUGGGGGAUGCAGACGGAGACGCAGAUGGCAAUGCAAGCGAAAGCGAUACGGCUGCGAAGGUAGAGAGACCGAAGAAGAAGACGAAGACAGCCAAGUAAAAAUUCCCAGAAGGGUCAGCGAUGUCAGAAAAGGCGAAGUCUUGAUUCGAGUUGGUCAUCAAACAUCUGCUCCACUAGCAAGCCGUAAGUCAGCAGCAGUCCGAGAGCAUGCGAGAGCCUCACAGAGUCCAGUAAGGCGCGCCGCGAAAGAGGCAGCACUGCUUGCCGAGGGCUUUAACUUAUUCAGCGUUGCAUGCGGUUCUGGCGAACAAGAAGCGCAUUAUUGCAUUGGCACUGCAUUCGACCCGUAGAUAUGCGAGUGAUGCAGGAAUUGGAAACAGACAGACUUCGCUGCCAAACGAGACAGUUUCUCACUU